AUGGCGGGACUCCGUGCGCGGCCUGCAGUGCUGCUCUUGGCCAGCACCAUCUACUUUGUAUUGCAAGGAUCAGAUGACAAGUCUGCGGCUUUUUCCAAUGUUGCUGAGUUCAGGGAUGAGAAGAAACUCACCGGCAGAAGAGAUGCAUUGGCAGCUUCUAUGCUGGCUGGAUUUUCGUCCUCUCCCACUUUUGCUGAGGAGUCAAAGCCACCGCCUCGGGGCUGGCAGAUGAAGCUACCUGAGGGCUGGGAAAUCUACAAGCAAUUCGGUGUACCUGGUGGUGAUGAGAUGAGGACCAAGGAGUUGCUUCUGGCAGGUGAUUCAAAGGGCACAGAAGUGAAAGUCCUUCGUAUUCCUCUUCAGACAACUCCGCAAGAUCCCGAUGGCACUGCGGCCUUGACCUUGAUCGAGUACUUUCAGAUACCAUUUCCGAGGGUCACGAGAAAGACAGUUGUAGACUCUCUGAGCAAAGCCUUUGCCCGGCAAAAAGCAACCUAUGCUUUUGAACUGGAAGGUGAUGGCGAAGACAGGAUGAAAGACAAGCAGAAGUACUUGCUUUAUGAGUUUGACCUUACACGCUGCGAGGGCAGACAGGAAGAAUGCUAA